CGGAGGCUGACAGAGCUGGGCUGUGUCUGGGGCUGAACACGCCUUACAUGUUCACAGCCGUAACUUUUGAAUGAAACGACCGAGGGAUUACUACCGGAAAUAAGAACUCAGACUUCGAGUAUCAAACGGCAUGGAGUCCAAGCGCCAAAGUGGCCAAGGUGUGGUGAUGGAGCGCCUUGUGAACGAGCUCAGCUCUCUGCUGAAAAUGCUGGACCAUGAGACGGUCAGUCCUGCCACUGCUGAAAAGAUGGCUUCCAUACGCAACAUCCUGGACUCAGUGCAGCUGUCAGUCAAUGGAUCAGACGUGUACAUGAACAGCUGUCUCUAUGGCAACGGCACCAGCUUUGUAGAGUCUCUGUUUGAAGAUUUUGACUGUGAUCUGCACAUGCUCAGUGCAUCUCCAGUGGAGCAGAAAGAGCACAAAGAGGAAGAGGAGAAGACUCAUCCUAACAAAUCUACACCGACUGACACGCCCCCUCCUCUACCAAACACCCCACUUCCUGAUGACUACUAUGAAGAGGCUGUUCCUCUAGAUCCUGGAUCCACCCCUCAGUACUUUACAACCAACAUGAACACUUCCAGGAAUUCUGUUGAGGAUGCCUACUAUGAAGAUGCAGACAAUAACUACCCCAUCACCAGGAUUAAUGGACCUCCCAAAAACUCCUACAAUGACUCCGAUGCUCUGAGCAGCUCCUACGAGUCUUAUGAAGAAGAAGAAGAAGAGGCCAAAGGGCGAGAGCAACCUCAGAGAUGGACAGCUGAGGAGAGUCCCGAUGGACCAGUCAGAGACUGCCGCAUCUGUGCUUUCCUGCUGAGAAAGAAACGCUUCGGUCAGUGGGCUAAACAGCUCGUCGUCGUCCGUGACACUAAACUCCAGUGCUAUAAGAGCAUCAAAGAGAGCACUCCCCACACAGAGCUCCCGCUGAAUCUGUGCAACGUCAUCUACGUCCCAAAGGAAGGCCGGAAAAAGAGACAUGAGUUGCGCUUCUCGUUGCCUGGAGGCGAAGCUCUAGUCCUGGCUGUUCAGAGUAAAGAGCAGGCCCAGCGGUGGCUCAAGGUGGUGCAAGAUGUUGGCAGUCAAUGUAGCAACACUGAAGGACUGGAUGGAUCCACUUCUCCCAUUAUACAGAGGAAAUUAGAGCUUGAUAAGGUGCUGCAGUGUGAGCGGCAGGCGUCAGACUCAGACAGCGGGCCAACAACAGAAAACCAGUCCAUAGCACAGGGUCCAGGACGGGACACCAUGGACUCACUGAACAGGGGGAAGCGCGGAGCGUUCUCAGAGCUUACGGGGUCGAUGAGCCGAGCAGCAGGGAAGAAAAUCAAUCGGAUCAUCACCUUCUCCAAACGGAAACCUCCUUUACCAGGAGAGCCUUCCUCUUCCUCUGGUCACCAUGACAACCCACGCUGUGGCUACCUCAGUGUGUGUCUUAGCGGCUCUUGGAAAGAGCGUUGGUGUGUCGUGCGAGGAGGAAGCCUGUACCUGCAGAAGGACCCCGGGGACCAGCGACCACCAGUCAUUGUGGUGCCGCUCAAAGGUGCAGAGGUGGUGACAGGAGGCCUCGGCCCAAAACAUCCCUUCUCUUUCUGCAUCCUGCAGGGAGGCAGUGAACUAGCGUCUUUAGAGGCCAGUUCCUCAGAGGAUCUCGGCCGCUGGCUGGGCGUGUUGUUUGCAGAGACCGGCAGCACUACUCUCCCUGAAGAGCUGCACUAUGACUACAUUGACGUGGACACGCUCACUGACAUCCGGCACGCUGCCAGGCACUCUUUCCUGUGGGCCACCACCACUGCUGCUUCCUCUAGCAGUGCCUCGACAGACUCCAGAACGUAUGAUGAGGUCUAUGAAAGUGUGGCGGAGGAGGAAGUUGAGAGCAGGGCUGGACAGGUAAGACGUCACGCCUCCUUCUCCAGCAGGGACUCUGAAAAAACUGAACAACAGGCCGCCAUCAAGAGACACGCCUCCAAUGUAAAUCAGUAUGCACGGUACGGGAAGACGCGUGCAGAGGAGGACGCCAGGCGGUACCUGAUUCAGAAAGAGGAGCUGGAGAAGCAAAAAGAAGAGCUGAGACAGGCACUGAUCUCCCUCCGCAGGGAGAAGAAGGAGGUGAAGGAGGAGAUGAAGACAGUCACAGGUCAUGGUGUGGAACAGCGGUUAGCCAAGCUGGAGACACUGUGUAAACAGAAGGAGGAGGAGCGGGUGGAGCUGGAGCUCAAACUGACAGAGGUCAAAGAAAACCUGAAGAAAUCGUUGGCUAGAGGAGCGCUGGGUCCUCCCACUGACACCAAGAUCAGCGUCAAGGCACAGGGCAGUAAGGUUGAAAAGGUUUACAAUGAGAGUGUGCCGAUCAACUCAGCAAGUGAGCUUCGGAAACGCCCUCCGUCUCUCUACGCCUCCUCCAAGGGGAAUGUCAUGCAGAAGGCGAAGGAGUGGGAGUCAAAGAAGGGGACCUAGACUGCGCAUAAACAGAUCGACAGAUGGAUUCAUGGAGAGGAAGAAAAAAACUGAGCUGCGACAGGAAAUUGUGUAAAAGAAGAAACAGAUGAAGAUAACUGGCACUGAGAAGGAGGAGAAGAAGAAGAAGAUAAGGAUGAGGAGGAAGAGGGAAGAGUACAGACUUGGACACGGUCUUCCCUCAUCUUACCUAAGAGGAAAAAGAGGAAUCUUUGCAAGUCCAGGCAGCACUGUGCUGUCUCAACCACUGUAAAUAUGACAAGACUUUACUGGUGAACCAGUUCAGUAUUAAUGUGGAUCACUAUGAACAUGAUAUAUAUGUUUGUGUGAGUUUGCAUGUGUGUUUACAUUUGCACAGGGCUGCAGAAAGUGAAAAUGUGGUUGUUUCAUAGAAAUGCAUCACAGAGGGAGAGUGUGGUUCAUCAACACUGUGAGUUCAGAGUAACAGGCAACACUUCCACUGAUUUUAUUCCUUUUAUACAGGAUGCUUGUCAAUGUAAAGUGAAAAAAACUAAACUAUAGAAUUAUUAUUAUUACCUUAAGUUAUCUUUAUUAGUGAGAAAAGUAUCCCACAUCUUGUGAAGUGUUUUUAAAAUAUCAGGAAAGCAUAUUGAGUAUGACACUGUUCUUGAAACCAGUGGGUAAAUGUUUAUUAUUGCAAUGUGAAACUAUUGGUUUUUAACCGUUAUAUGUGAUUUUGUUCUUUCAUAUUGCCUUUUGCACUUUAUCUUGUUGUAUAUUGUGGUUACGCAAAUGUCUUGGAAAUUAGCCUUAGCACCCCACUUCAGAAUUGUGAGGAUAAAUGCCUGUGUCUGCUCUCUCUGUUCGUCACAGAAAUAUGAACACACACAUGUUGGAGUAAAUGAUGACUUUAUCAAGACA